AUUAAUCUUGUAUCUCGAAAUUCACUCUAUAAAGCUGCAUCAUUGGAUAUUCAACUCAUAUUGACAUUCAUAUUUCAUUCUGCCGUCUGCAUUCUGCGUGCGCGCACGACGUACGUGAACCUUGUUUGGUACCUAUAUCUCAGUGAAGUUAUCUGUUUUCACGAUGUGUUACAAGGGGAAAUGUUUACAUUGCAUCGAAGUGGAGACGGGAUCGCUCAUCUGGGCUAUUCUUAAUGUGAUAUGGACAGGAUUGGCGUGUCUGUUAUGUGUUGGAUUCUGUAUAUACAUAAACGUGAAGGUGAAGGACGUACAUCACGAGGAAACAAUGGAUACCGAGUUAGCAGCUGGUGUAUCCAACCUUAUAUUAAUGGUAGCGAUAACAUUUAGUGCUAUUGAGUUCAUCUUCACGAUGUACUUGCUUGUGGGCGUCAUCAAAAAACACGUGGGAUAUGUGAAGGCAUACUUCGUUUAUGGUGUGGUAAAACUUAUUAUUGGUUCCAUCGCCCUAAUUGGUGUCUUCACAAAUACAAGUGAUUAUCCAAAUUUUAUGGGAAUUCUUUGGUUUUAUGCGUUCCACUGUUUGGUACUGCUGAUGGUUCGCAACACGUACUUGAAGUUCGACGAGGGUUCAAUUAUCCACCAAUAUAUGCACAAGCCCCUUGUUUAAGGAUGGUUUCAUAUUUUUUUCACCUUUUUAUAUUUUUAAUUAUUUUUUCAACUUAAUAUAAAUAGGGUAGUACUUUUAAAAUUUUUAAAAUUAUGCCCGUAAGGCCAUUUUUCAACAUCAUUAAUACCAGGCCGGCAACGCACUCGCGAGCCAUCUGGCAUUGAGUGUCCAUGGGCGUUUGGCCGCCCGUUUGCCCCGUUCUAUAAAAAAAGCAUAUAAUUGCUGAGACUCGUUAGAUAUUAAAACGAGCCGUUUUUUUAAUUUUUAAUUUACAAGCCUUUGGAUAUUAUACUAAGACAUCUAGAUUUGUAAUUUUAACAUUGUUUAUGUAUGUGUGCGUAUGUGACGUCAUGUCAUCAACUAUUUGCCAUAUAAAUUGUAUUAAGUUUGGAGUGCGAAUUGUGUGUAUGUUCGUUGUACUGCAUGUUUAUGUUUAUAAUACAGAUUUUCUUAGCUUCAGUUCCAGCUUUAGGUCUUGAAAUUAAUAUUUAAAAAAAAAUACGUAAUAUUUAUACAGUUAACAGUCAAUCUCAAUUAUAAAAUUCCUUGUUCAACGUUAUUAAUACAAAUCUUAAUUGAUAGGAUUUUCGUUCGUUCGUUCUAUGAGCUCUCAGGAUUCAUUUAAUUGAUUAUAUUAGGUUACUAUUAUAAGAAAACAAUGUAUGUUGUAUGGAAUAAAGAGACUCCAUAUAUUAGUACA